AUGGAGAUAAAAGGGUAUGAUGAUAAGAAAAGUUUUAAGGUUGCCAUUAUUAGGUUGAAAAAGUAUGCUUUAUCCUGGUAUGACAAUAUGAAAGAUGAAAGAAAUUAUAAAGGGAAAAGCAGAAUCAAGACCUGGUCCAAUUUGAAGGAAGUUAUGCAGAAGAGAUUUGUUCCUCAGUCGUACAAGCAAGAUCAAUAUUUUCAGAUGAACAAUCUAAAGCAAGGCUCAAAAGAAGUUGUGGAGUAUAUCUGGGAAUUCGAGCAACUGAAGACUCGAACUGGUGUGAAAGAAGUUGAAGAACAUACUAUUGCCAGAUUCCUUGGUGGGUUGAAUGCAUCUAUUAUUGAGAAGAUAGAAUUGCAGCCCAUCUGGACAUAUGACGGUGCUUGCAAAUUGGCUUUCCAGAUUGAGAAGCAACUUAAGAAGAAGGUCCAGUACAAGCCUUUUACUAAGACUUCUUCCAAUUCAAGUCAACCAGUUAGUCAACCAAUUCUGAAGCCCAGUAUAACUAGUCAACAGUCCUUCAGAGGCAAAGAAAAGGAAACUGGAGGAUUCAAGGAGCCAGUUGGAAAAAAAUGUUUCAAGUGUCAUGGUUUUGGUCACUUCCAGGCACAGUGUCCUAACCAGCGAGCACUGACUGCUAAAGAGAUUGAAAGCUUACCAGAUGUUGACACUGAAGAAGACGAACCAGUGUUUGAUGAAGAUGAAACUGAAGAGACAUGCAUAGGUGCAGAUGUCGGAGAGAUGCUAGUGGUAAGAAGGGUAAUGCUUACUGAUGAAGUUGUAGCUGACACUGCCCAGAGAGAAAAUAUUUUUCAUUCCAGAUGUACUGUUAAAGGCAAGAUGUGUAGUCUAAUCAUUGACGGAGGAAGUUGUGCUUAUGCUGCUUCAACUUAUAUGGUGGAAAGACUAGAAUUGCCUACAGUUAAGCAUCCCCGUCCUUACAAGUUGCAAUGGCUUAGUGAAGGAUCUGAGGAAUUCACUAAUAUUUUCCCAGAAGACCUACCUGAGAGUUUGCCGCCAGUAAGGGGUAUUGAACACCAGAUUGACCUGGUUCCAGGGUCAGUACUUCCAAACAAAGCUGCUUACAGAUGUUCACCAACUAAAGCAAAAGAAUUGCAAAGACAAGUAGAUGAGUUGGUUGCCAAAGGUUAUGUGAGAGCUAGUAUGAGUCCUUGCUCAGUUCCAGCUCUCCCGGUCCCAAAAAAAGAUGAUUUGAUGAGAAUGUGUGUUAAUAGUAGAGCCAUAAAUGAUAUAACUAUUAAGUAUUGA